CAAUGUUCUCGGGGUGGGGAGCUGGUGGUGGAAAAUUGUUUUCUUUCUUGCCAUCAGCCAAAGAAAUCUUCAAGCCGAUGAUAAUGCGUGAUGAGGACAAGGAAACUACAGAUUCUGGUUAUCAUACAAUGUCUGAAGACGGAAGCGUUCGCUCAUCCUGCUCGGAGGACGGUUAUCCGACUCAACCAGCAACUCCAGUGACAACAGUCAACAUUUUGGAGUAUCUCGCAGAUGAAGGCGACGUACUCUCUGACCCUUCUCUCACAGACGAUGAAAAGCGCGAGAAAAUGACUAGUCUCUUUAUUCGGGUGGCGUCCGCUUUGGACGUGGAGAGCAUGAAGAGCUUGCUACAAGGCGAAAAGGGACGAACAGUGUGGAUCGAUGUGGAUUGCAGAGACGAGGAGGGAAAUACGGCGUUAGUCUAUGCCGCGGCUUUGGGAUGCGAUGCAAUGGUGUCUCUACUAUUAAAAAAUGGCGCCAAUGUGAAUGUUUGCGACAAGAACGGUUGGUCACCUCUAUUCUGGGCUUGUACAAACAGCCAAACGUCUACUGCCCGCCUCUUGAUUGAGCACGGCGCCGACAAGAGUCUGCGAUCAAGUUCCGGUAGAUCCAUACGUGACCUUUUAGGCAAAAAAGUAAACGCAGGAAACAGAGGAAUUAUCCGUGUCCUUGAAUGCACAGGUGAUGGCUACAUGGAUGACACUGAAAGUCUAAUGGGAAGUGAAUGGAGCGUCUAUGAUGAUGAGAGCGUGGGAAUCGGGGAAAGCGAGUGGAGCAUGCAACGAGAAGAGGAAGAGCAGAUCCCAUUUGAUUGGUCAGGUUGUCCUUUAGAUCAGAUGCUGGUCUUUGGCUCAGACACCCUCGAUCACAUACUCGAUAUUGCGGUAUUAAAAGUGUGGUUGAUCUGGCUGACCCGACAUCGGCAGAGACAGAAACAAAAGCCAUUCACCGCGGCGAAUAUCCUCUUUUUGUGCGCGCGAUAUGCACAUCAUUAUCACGGGAACGAUCUGGUACAGGAAUUGUUUGGGCGAGCGGUCGAUAAGAUUAUUGAAAUUGUUCGGUCCAAUCGGGACGAUUCAGCCCUCUUGGCUUAUUGGAUAGCCAACAGUCUUCAGCUGCUGUAUUACCUCAAACGUGAUACACACCUCGUUCUCUCGACGCUCAGCACACAAACAACACUGUCCGAGCUCAUUAAUGAGCUGUACAAUAUUUUCAUUCGGGAGAUAGAGUCACGUCUCUUGUCUGUUCUGGAUGCGGCAUUGAUCGACUUUAGUGGCACAGACGACGAGGAUCUGUCGCAUCAACGCCGCAAGCAACCGCGGUCAAAAGGAUCAUCGCGAGGGGUGGUGUUUGAGAAUGCGUUGUUGGGGAAGAUGAGCCGAAGAGGGUGGGAUUGGGACUGGAAAGUCCCAAAUGUAAAUAUUGGGAUAGCUCUUGGAGUGAACGUUGCGGUCGGAGGUGGGGCAUCUGGUGUAUUGUCAUCGACAUCCCCACCCAAGAAGCUCCGACGGCCGCGCCAACCUGCCACAUCACCUGUCGUUGCAAAGUCGACGUUGUCCACCACUCCACCCACCCCGCGCACCGUCACUACCCUUUUAACCCACACCUUACACAUUCUCCAGCAAACUCAAAACCACCCACAUAUCAUCAACAGAACCUUCCAUCAACUCCUCCAUUUUCUCUCCACGACUGUCUUCAAUCAUAUCCUCACGUCACGAACGUCCUCCAAUCCGCUAUCCAAAUCUGGCGCUCUUCAGAUUCGUCUCAACAUAUCACAUCUCCAAGACUGGAUACGGGAUGUGGGACACACAUACAUUCCCUCCAGCAGUGUCUCAUUGGAGCAACGUCUUACUCCGAUUGUGCAGCUAACAAAAAUACUUGGGAUCUUGACAAGUCUAGAGAGCAUUGACGACUUUCUAGAGAUCAAAAGCGUUGUUGUGGAUGGACUGGGAUUUUUGCAACUGCGGCGAGUCAUUGAAGGUUAUCGAUACGAAGUGGGAGAACCUACUAUCGCAACCGAUAUAUCAGAGUACAUUUCUCGCAUGUGCGAAACUCUUGAAAAUGAUGACACCGUUCCUGACGAAGAGACCAUGAAAGGCACAGAUGAAGAAGGAGAAGAGGAACAAGACGGCCUUGCUAACCCCAAACGGGAUCCUUGUAUUGACUUGCUGGAUCCUGGAUUUAUGUUACCCUUCCAAGUUCCAGUUUAUUUGGAUGACGAUGAAGCUGGAGGGUUAGGAUGGGGCAUGGGAAGUCCUUGGAUAGAGCCGGACGUUGUCGGGUUUUUGGAUGAGCAAGGCGUUGGCGAACAGUAUAGUUUAGCUAGUAGUUUUUGUCGUAGUUGAAUUCUUAGUUUUUUUCUUUUUUUUCCUCUUUUCUUGUAUUCUUUUGUAUAGGUCUGUAACUAGCUUUUUGUUACGAUGUAGGCGAUCUAAUAUAGUUUGCACCUCUUUUUUGAUAGUUUGGAAUGUUUGACGGUCGAUAGCAAAUGAGUUUUCUUG